UUCUAUCUCUAUUCUCACUCCAAUAAUCACAAUACUAGAGAGAGAGAGAGAGAGAGAGAGAGAGUGAGGUGAGGGAGCGAGAGGUUGAGAGGAACCCACCUCAUUUUCUCGCUUUCUAAGAAAGAAGAAGAAGAAGAAGAAGAUGGAAGGAUGAUGAUGAUGAUUAUGAGACAACAAAUAACAACGCAAAGGAAAAUACACAACAAAGAAAGAAAGAUGCAAAUAUACAUAUAGAUACAGAGAGGGAGAGCGUGUCUCUCUGUGAUUGCGUCUCUGUGUGUGUGUGUGUGUGUGUCUGUGUGUGUUAGCUAUACUAAAGAAAGAGUCGUUAUUGCGUUUCUUUGUCUGCCUUUUCUUAUUUUUAUUUGCUUUGUUUCUUCUUAUCACUCUUUCUUCUGCUUCUGCUGCUGCUACUGCUGCUGCUGCGGCUUAUCACUACUGUCUCUGCCACAACCCAAGAUCUCCUUGUCCUCCAGAGAAAAACUCGGUCAUCCAUCCUCUCCCUCUUAAAACCCAAAGGCCAAUUCUUUCUUUCUUUUCUAUCUCACAAAAGCCAAACUGACAGUUGUUUAUGUGUCUGUGUGUUCGUGCUGUGUUGGUUUAGAUUAUUAUGUAUUUUUGCCAACAGAUACCCACCUCCCCAAAACCAGCAGCCAGAAGAAGCUACCAGCAAUGGCAGCAUCCCAGAGUCCUACUUAGAGAAAUAAAGAUAGAUAUAUAAAAGAAAACAAAGCCCACCAUCCCCAACAAAAGAAGAUCUCUCUCUCUCUCUUUUCUCUGAUACAAUUUCAGAGUUCUUUUUUUUUUUUUUUGACCCCACUCCUUCUCUUACAUAACACCCACAUACAUAUACAUCCAUAGAUUUAUAAUCUCUCCUCUCUUCUCUCUCAUCUAUAAUUGUCAUAAAAAAGCUGCUUAGCAUUGGGUUUUUAGACAUUAUAUAACCAAUAUUUGUAUGUGUGUAUAUAAAGAUUGUGUCUUUCUUAAACUCCAUCGAGAAAAAUUCUUCAGUUGUGGCUACUACAAGGAGUAGGCAGCUCCUAUCCGACUCUGGAGCCUUUGCAGACUGGGCUACGUCCUCUUCUUCCUCAGCCAUCCGCGCCGCUGGCCCGGACGACCUUUCCCUCGGCUUUAAUGCCGGCCCUACCGCCGCGGCCGCCGCAGCAGCUGCUGCACCUGGGGGCGUUGCCACUGGCCCAUCGUGGUCUAGUUCAGCCAGACAAAUCAACUAUGGCAUCCCUCCUGAGAUGGGCAUGUUUGUUGUUAGCCCUGCUUCCUUUAAUCACCACCACCAGCAUCAGCACCAGCAUGAGUCGACCAUUAAUCUAGCCACUGAUCCCAUCAAUGGCCCAAAUGCUACUGCUACUGCGCUUGGUGUUGGUGUGGGUGUAGGCGUUAUUCCACUUCUCACGGCCGCUCCAUGCCUUCCGCCGCAAAACAUGGAUGAUCAAGAUUUGCUGAAUAACGGGCGCAACAAAAUUAGUGGAAUCCAGUUCUGGCAACACCAGUCAUCUCAUCACCACAACCAGUCUAAUAUAAGGAAAACUACUGCUUCGAUUCUCGAUCACGAUAAUUCUUCCGCGAAUCUGCUUCAAAGCGGUAACAAUACCAGUGCCGUUGCUGGUAUUGGUGGUAAUUCAGCUUCAUCUGGGGCAACAACGUGCCAAGACUGUGGAAACCAGGCCAAGAAAGAUUGCAGCCAUAGGAGGUGCAGGACGUGCUGUAAAAGUCGUGGUUAUGAUUGCGCUACUCACGUCAGAAGCACGUGGGUACCGGCGGCCAGGAGGAGGGAGCGUCAGCUAAUGGCAGCUACAGCCGGGGGAGGUGCUGGUUCUUCGGGGUCUACUUCAGGGGUCAAGAAACCUAGACUCAUAAACUCACAAACCACCACAACUUCUCAUACUUCCACUUCUAACACUACUCCCCCAAGAAGCUUCGAUACUAGCUCCAGUCACCAAGAUGCGAGUUUUAAAGAGGCAUUGCCAGGGCUAGUACGUGCACAGGCGGUUUUCAAGUGUGUUAGAGUGACGGCAGUGGAUGAUGGGGAAGAUGAGUAUGCGUAUCAGGCUGUGGUAAAUAUUUGUGGCCAUGUGUUUAAAGGGUUUCUAUAUGAUCAAGGUGUUGAAGGAAGAGAUGGGUUCCCUAAUAUAGCAGAAUUGCAUUUGGGUGGUGCUAGCAGUGGUGGUGGUGGUAACGGAGGAGGAAGGAAUGGAGCCUCAUCUUCCCCGAUUAUUGAUCCUUCAGAUGUUUAUGGUGCAUCCGGUGGAGGGUUGCUGGGAGGUUCAAGCUAUGGUAAUCCAAUAAAUUGAGGUUUACUUUCAAGGCUUAUGGAUUGGCAUUAAUUUAAUCUAAUUUUCCCUAUGUCCACUAAUAAUUAUCAAUAGGGUUUUGGUAAGUUGUUCUUCUAGAUUUGUGUCUUGUUGACAUCUCUUUGAAAUUUUCAGCUUCUUGGUUUUGGGUUUCUUGUUCCUCGUGUCUAUCCCUUCUGUAAUUGCACUGAGAGGAGGAUCACAAUGUGCUUAAGUAUUUGCCUUUUCAGUGUUAGAGUAAUCCGUGUACGAAAUUUUAGAAAAGAUAGAUAAUAAAAGGCAAAAAAUCCUGUUCUUCUAGAUA